UUCAUAUGAUGAGGCUUUUAUUAUGGCCAGUGACCCCUUGGAAGGCUUUCAUGAAGUGAACCUCGCUUCGCCUACUACACCGGAUCUUCUUGGAGUAAAUGAGUCAGGGACUCAGGAACAAACUACCUCACCCAGUGUUAUCUACCGACCACAUCCUUCUGUUGUGUCCUCCACACCAAUCCAACCCAAUGCAUUAAAUGUUUCUGACCUUCCCACACAACCUGUUUAUUCAUCUCCCAGACAACUGAACUGUGGAGAAGCAUCAUGUGUCAGCAUCAAUGUUACCGACGCAGUACUUUCUUCUACCUCUGGACCCCAGGGUGGGUCAUUCAAUCACAGUCAUUCCAGAAAGGAGAGCAAUAAUGCAGAGAGAGAGUUUUUGCAGGGUGCUACAGUAGCAGAUGUUGCUGAAGGAAAUGAAGAUAUUUUUGGGUUGAGUACAGACAGUUUAUCUCACUUACGGAGCCCAUCUGUACUGGAAGUAAGAGAAAAGGGCUAUGAAAGAUUGAAAGAAGAACUUGCAAAAGCUCAGAGGGAGCUGAAGUUAAAAGAUGAAGAAUGUGAAAGGCUUUCUAAAGUGCGAGAUCAACUUGGACAGGAAUUGGAAGAACUUACAGCUAGUCUGUUUGAGGAAGCACACAAAAUGGUUAAAGAAGCUAAUGUUAAACAGGCUGCAGCAGAAAAACAGCUGAAAGAAGCACAGGGAAAGAUUGAUGUCCUCCAGGCUGAAGUAGCAGCAUUGAAAACACUAGUACUGUCUACUUCACCAACAUCUCCAACUAGGGAUUUUCAGUCUUCUGGGAAAACUCCUUUUAAGAAAGGCCAUGCAAGGAACAAGAGUACAAGCAGUGCUAUGGGUGGCAGUCAUCAGGACCUUACCAUGAUGCAACCAAUUGUAAAAGACUGUAAAGAGGCUGACCUAUCUUUGUACAAUGAAUUCAGAUCUUGGAAGGAUGAGCCUACUAUGGAUAGAACAUGUCCUUUCUUGGACAAAAUUUAUCGGGAAGAUAUUUUUCCAUGUUUAACCUUCUCAAAAAGUGAGUUAGCCUCAGCUGUUCUGGAAGCUGUUGAAAAUAACACACUGAGCAUUGAACCCGUUGGCUUGCAACCUGUUCGAUUUGUGAAAGCUUCUGCAGUUGAAUGUGGGGGACCAAAGAAAUGUGCUCUCAGUGGACAAAGUAAAUCCUGCAAGCACAGAAUCAAAUUAGGAGAUUCAAGCAGUUAUUACUACAUUUCUCCUUUCUGUCGUUACAGGAUCACUUCUGUGUGUAACUUCUUUACAUAUAUUCGAUACAUCCAGCAAGGACUGUUGAAGCAGCAAGACGUGGAUCAGAUGUUCUGGGAAGUUAUGCAGCUGAGAAGAGAGAUGUCACUAGCAAAACUUGGAUACUACAAGGAAGAGCUCUAAAUCUUUUUACUCUUGCGCAUGCAUGAACUUCAUUGAAAAUACAUAACUAAAAUUGCUGAAUCUUUUUGUCACUUGAUAUUUAUUUCCACAAAGUGGGUCCAAGAUUUUUCUCCUUUUGCAGAUUGCACUAAGAAGUACUGUGAUUGUUUUAAACUGACUUCUGCUGUAUAUGCAUACAUAUAAUACUUAGUUGAACAAAUGUGGUAAGCACUUGCAGGUGUAUUAGUGAUUGUAAUUUACAUUUAAAAACAAAACUUCUGAUUAAAGUGUUAGUCUGAAGCA